AAAGCAAUACUAGUUGCAUAGAUUCACAAUUUUUAUAUCUUCUAGGAAUCAUCCCACCUUGCCAAAUGUUGGUUAUGGUGAAUAGUAACGUAAAAUACGCCAAAUACGAGUGAUUGACUAGCUAGCUGAAAAUAUUUACGUUGGAUACGUCCUCCAGUUAGGUUUCGCUUUGUUUCUUGGCAUGGAGUUAUCAUCGGUACUUUAAUAAAAUACCUAGCCAGAUGACCUGACUCAAGCGUAAUUCAGAUGGGUUAUUUGCUAUGGACUACAGUGUUUCAUUUCCCUGUUUCUCGAAUUGCUUAAGCCAGGGAUUUACGUUAAUCGACUACUCUCAACAAAGUGUUCUUCCUCCCUUAUUCAAGAAGUAUCCUCUUCAUCACAACUAUGUCUACAGUAGUCAUCACGAAAGUGUCUUCUGCAGUGCCCGUCCGGGGGCCUGGAGAUGGUAUGGAGAUGGACAAGCCGGUGGUGGCCCCAGAGAUCUCCACGGAGAUACCACUCCUGAAGGUGGCUACCCCGAAACAGAGUCCCCGACGGGCAACCCUACCGUCGGCAGUUGCGCCCCCUCAGGCCCCUGGCGUGCUGCACCUUGGGAAAGUGAGCCGUGAGGCUUGCACAGAGGUAGAGGCCGUGCGCAUUGUUGUUCCGCGGGCCGCCAUCAGCCGGAGCACACGGGCCGGACCCCACAACGAGGGGAAGGGAGAUGGAGGAAGGGGUGAAAAAGGGUUUCACCUGCAGGGGGACGAUCACUCCCCAGAUCUCUUGGAGUGGAAGACGGCCAUGGAGAAACUGGAAAACUCAGAGCGCAGGCUGUUGCAGGAUAAAGAGGGUCUGUCCAAUCAAUUACGAGUGCAAACUGAGGUGAACAGGGAGCUGAAGAAGCUGUUGGUAGCAUCAGUGGGCGAUGACCUGCAGUACCACUUUGAACGCCUGGCGCGGGAGAAGAACCAGCUGAUUCUAGAGAACGAGGCCCUGGGCCGAAACCUAGGCCACACUGCUGAACAGCUGGAGAGGAUGAGCAUCCAGUGUGACGUCUGGAGGAGCAAAUUCCUCGCCAGCAGAGUGAUGGCUGACGAGCUCACCAAUGCCAGAGUAGCUCUUCAGAGACAAACCCGAGAGGCCCAGGGUGCCAUCCAGGACCUGCUGAAUGAGAGGGAGGACUUCUCCAGAGAGAUGAUGCACACACACAGAUCUCUGGAGCAGCUGCUGGUGUCUCUGCAGUGGGGUCGUCAGCAGACCUACUACCCCAGCGCCCAGCCCCUCAGCACGGGGGAGCUGGCCCUGGCCAACCGCAAGCUGGCAGACGCCAUCAACUCCCACCUGCUGGGCAACAUGGGCAGCAGCAGCCCCAAGAGCAGCCAAGGCUCAGAGCUGUGCAACACGCCUGCAGAGAAGAUGGCUGAAAAGGUACUUCGGAUUCUAGACCCUAUAUCUGCUGUGGACAUCCAGGGUGAAGAAUCCUCAGCUGACUCUCCACCGUCAUCCUUCCUGCCAAACAAGAAGAGCAUCGGGCGGUUUCACCCCUACACGCGAUACGAGAACAUCACCUUCAACUGCUGCGAGCGCUGCAACGGGGAACUAUUGGUGCUAUAGGCCUGGGACCUAGACGGCUACCGUCUACGGACAGACUCUGUUACUGGAGGUAUGUAGAGCACGGGUGUUGCCCCGCGUGCUCAGGAGACUCAAGGGUCCAUUGAUUCUUGGCUAUUUUUUCCCAGCAUCAGUUUUGCAUGGGAAAAAAAAUGAAAGCCUAUACAUUGCAUCCAUGGCUUUUCAUGGGCUUGGACUUUUUGUGUGACAGAAAUUACAUACGAUAGCAAUGUGACAUGAAUGUGACUUUGCAUAGGAUAAGUCACACAAUUGGGCUGGUGCAGAUUACUCACAAAUUUGAUUUGAGCAAAGUCAUUUGUAUUUUAUUCGGGGGUGGGUUCCUCACUAUCUGAACUAGUGUUUGUAAAACAUUUCAAGAGGAGCUUGUUUCCUCAGGCGAGAGAGUAAACUUUCAGAUACUACACCAGAACUCUUGAGAAUUCCUUGUGUGAAUGGACAGAUUGGAUGAUGCAAACAUCUUUACUUGCCUCCUGUUUAUAACCAAAGAGUGUAAUGCGUGAAUGACUGAAGCAUACCCAGGUAUUGGAAAGGUGAUGAUUGAUUAGUUACACUGCCCAGGUAAAUAUUAACCUUGUUGCAAUACGACAGUCUGCUUUGAGAAGGAUGCUGCUGGAGAUUGAUCUGAGAUUAAGGCAUACAGUUUUACUUGAAAUAUCAAAAAAAGGUUUGUAGUUACAACUGUAAUUGUAAACAUAAAAUAUAUUAUGAUCUUGGGUUUUAAGUGAUCUGUGUGAAUUUAACAUGUAAAUUGCUGUAUUUAUUGUUAAGAAAUGAAUUUGUGAAACUACAUCUGUCAAUUUUAUCAAGCAGUAAUUUGGAUGUAAUGACAGAAAUUAUCUUUGUUGUGAAAUAUUGCACAGUGGUGUUUUUAUUUUAGCUUUUGCACUGAAUUGUGUACCAAAGUGACUUUCACUUGUCAUUUCAUACUUUCAAAUGCUUUGGAUAACGGUUUUGACAUUUUAUAGUGCAAGAAAAUUUUUCUUUUUCAUUUGAAUUAAAUAAAAUUACGUGGGGAUUGUCAUAAGAAAGACUGUUUUCUGUAGUGAGUAAGGGACCACCAUCUCUAGGGUGCAAGUGAUGUCACACUUUGGUACUCUUGACGUGUGAGCUGUAUUGUAACCGUUCACCACAGCGUACGGAAAACCUCAGAAAUCUUACAUUUUGUUUUAUCAUUCUCCAUUUCUCUUCUAUCUUUGAGACCAAAAUAAAUAAAUUGAUUGUGGUAAACA